ACUUUCCACACGCUCCUCGCGAGUGACGUGGCGAUUUUGGGGGAGGAUUCUAAGCAAAGAUGGCGUCCCUUCUGCAGCCCGACAGGGUCCUCUACUUGGUUAACGGAGAAAAACGGAUUCGUUCUCCGUUGUCUCAGCUUUAUUUUUGUCGCUACUGCAGCGAGUUACGGUCUCUAGAAUGUGUGUCCCACGAAGUGGACUCUCACUACUGUCCAAGUUGCUUGGAGAAUAUGCCUUCGGCUGAAGCGAAGAUCAAAAAGAACAGGUGUGCUAACUGCUUUGACUGCCCAUGCUGCAUGCACACCCUGUCCACUCGUGCCACGAACAUCCCGGCACCUCUACCCGAUGACCCAGCCAAGACCGCCAUGAAGAAGGCGUACUACUUGGCCUGCGGUUUCUGCCGCUGGACCUCGCGGGACGUGGGUAUGGCUGAUAAGUCUGUCGCCAGUGGUGGAUGGCAGGAGCCGGAGAGUCCUCACACACAGCGUAUAAGCAAGCUCAUCGAGUUCUACCAGCAGCUGGCCCAGAGGGAGAAACUGGACCGGGACCGCAAGAAGCUGGUCCGCCGGCGCAUGUACGCGCCCCUGGCCUACACGGAGAAGUUUGGCCUGGGCAGCAGAACUCCGAGGCAGAGAUCUGGAGUUUCCAUCGCCAGCCUGGCUGGCCUUUCUAUGAAGGAGGGUGAGGAGCAGAGGGAGGUGAAACUGGAGCCUGCGCAGGCCCUGGAGGAGGUGGAGCCGCUGCCUGAAGACUGCUACACGCGACCCGUCAACCUGCCCGAGGUGACCACCCUCAGGCAGAGACUGCUGUUGCCGGACCUCCAGCCCCCCGGAGUCUUACAGCUGCACCCCAAACACAAACAGCUGCUGAUAAAGAGAUCACUGCGAUGCCGGAAAUGUGAGCACAAUUUGAGCAAGCCGGAGUUCAACCCCACCUCGAUAAAAUUUAAGAUCCAGCUAGUGGCUGUAAACUAUGUUCCAGAAGUGAGAAUCAUGUCCAUUCCCAACCUGCGCUUCAAUAAGGAGAGCCAGGUGCUGCUGACCCUGACCAAUCCUGUGGAGAGCAUUACCCAUGUGACCCUGCAGAGCUGUGAGCCCAAUGACCCUGACCAUGCCAAUAGCACAGCUGAGGUGGUGCUGCCCUCUAAAGAGCUGGUGCUGGCAGGGAAGGAUGCAGCCGCUGAGUAUGACGAGCUGGCCGAGCCGCACGACUUCCAGGACGACCCGGAUGUGGUGGCCUUCAGGAAGUCCAACAAGCUGGGCUUCUUCAUCAGGGUGACCCCGCGGGUUGAGCAGGGCGACGUCAUCGUGUGCUUCAAGAUCCGCCACGAUUUCCGUAACCUGGCCACCCCCCUGCGGCCCGGCCAGGAUACUGGGGCUCCCUGUGAGCCAGUCUGGCUGAGCCACCACGUGGAGCUGAACCUGGGACGCCUGGCUGCCUGAACAGCACCCUCUACUGGGCGGCGGAGUCCGCUACCCUCCACCUACUGGAUGACUACACACAUUACACCCAUACAGACUGCUUCAUACUUUUCAGGCACUUUCCCCAGAAAUGUCCCCGCUAACAGAAAACGCGCUCACUAUGUUGCUGUUAUGUUGUGGCAAUGUUAUAACGGUGACAGAACAUUCCAGUAACCGUGAGAACAUUUUCUGUUAGCUGGGAUGCUUACGAAACUGAGGCACCACAUUCAUUUGAAGGGGCAGGUAUUUACUUGAUAUUUGGUAUGUAUGUUAUAAGCACACACCGUUAACCCAUGUCUAAUUUUAGACAAUAGGAUUUUCUGCUCUGUGUUUUACAGUCGACAUUGCAUUUACUACUUUGUGUAACGACCAUUGGGAAAACGCCCGGUGGAGCUGGUUAGUCCGUCAGAGUGUGACCCAUAAUGAAAUGCAUGCAGAUACGUACGGUUGAAUCGCGUUUCAACCGUGGUUUCACUUGCAGCAGUUUCACAUUCAAUUUAAUGUUUUCAAUGAAAUUAUUUUUGUUCUUUUAAAGUGUCUACUGUUCUUCGAACUGUAAUGCAUUACCACCUAGAUAGCCACCGAUAACUCAAUGUCCACAUAUUUGUCAGCACUAAUAUUUAUGGAAGUAACAAAGCUUUAAGAGCACUGUUGGUGGUCAGUUUCAAGAUGUUAAACCGCUUCUUUAAUGUGCGUCUAAAUGGCACUGAUACAGCACCAUCUCUCAGGCCUCACUUAAAGGCCAACAAUAAAGGGUGUGUUUCAGAACCACAUAUUAAGCUUCGUCCUGGACUAAACUUGAGUUCUGUAUGGAGAAACUCAUUCAAAAUGGAGUUUAGUCUAGAGCUAAACCAGGAGUGCACAACUCCUGUCCUGGAUGACUAGUCUGUGAGCUGGUUUUUGUUCCAACCAAUUAUCUUUAUUUAUUUUUCUGACCGCUCUAGAAAUUAUGCUGGUCUGCAGCUGUAGCUGGCGCAUAUACAAAUGUGUGAUCAAGACCAUAUUUAGCUAAUUAAAUAAGAGCAGAAUUUGGCACAAAAUCCUGAAACGGAUCGGCCCUUGCUGUGCACCCCUGGUCUAGACUUAAUCUGUGUUUGGAAACUGGCCCGGGUUCCAGGCUGCAUUUGGUACCCUGGACUGAUUUUCUGGGUUGGAUCAGUUGGGCAUCUUCCAGUUGUCCUAAUAGACACAGGCACUCUUCCGUGUGGUGCCGGUUAUUCCCGCUUGGGGGAAACUGUCAGAUUUAGCUGUAUUUGAGAGCAGCGUGGAUCUCACUCUUGGUUGCACACAUCUUAGAGUGGUCUGCAUUUCCCCUGCACACUUAUUAGACUGCUACAAGCUUCUCUCCUCUAACACUGUUGUUUUGGCAUGUUGUUCAGUGAAGAUGUCUGGUAUCCAUUUUAGCAGUCGCAGCUGCACCAUUAAAUGGAGCAUAAUGCUUUUAAAAAUAAAUAUGACAAAAGAUCUUCUGUUCAUACGGUCUACUCGCGCUCAGUGGUAGAUUUUAAAAUGCACUUGUCCAUUGAAUAUGCUACCUGUCUGACUGUGUUUGAUGUAAUAAGUGACUCUUCCUGCUGUAACCAUGGAAACAAUGUGCUUUCACUCUUGUAGUUCUACAUAAUCUGAAUAUUAAUAAAGAUUGACGGAAA